AUGUGUAUGACACUGCCCGUCAUCGCGACCACCAAAAUCGCCCAAGCAUCAGAUGCGGAUGAACGAGCACAUCCCUCGGACUGCGUACAAGCCCAUCAAGUAUCCAAGUUUCACGUCAAGAGGCAAAUCAUCGCCCUAUACAAAGCGGAAUUUGAAGCCCGGCAAACCUCCCGAGAAGUUAUCAGCGUAUCCCACGCCGAAGGUAUGAAUUUCGGCAUCGUGAAUCUUCAACAAGGAUCGACGGGCGUGGAGUUGCGCCUUGUUCUCACUCCGAGCAUAGAGGCCUGCUUGAACCCAACGAGCAAGCAGCGGUCGCCGCAGUACGUCGUCUUGUCUUUCCCAGCGCCUCUCGUGAAUGUCCUCAACAAGACACACAGCUUCUUGGCGUCGCAACGCGAUCGUGGAAGGAUACUGGCAAACCUCAAGCCGUUUGAGGUCUCGGUCUUCUUCAAAGCUAACCAACGCGGCAAAUUCACCGGUGUGCUCUCGGCCACGAUCGGCAACGCGGACGACCAUGUCCUUCUCAAAGCUUCGACCCAGUACGUACGGCAGAAGCGCGCGCCGUGGCGGAGCGGAGAAGCGACUGUGGAAGGAGAGCGGCCGCCAGCCCUCGACUCCGCGCCCUGGGCAGCGCUGCAGCAACUCAAGACCAAGUACUUCGCCAAUGCGCCGUCGAUGCAGUCUCACGCUGCUCACUUCGCGCAUCUGCUGUGGGCCGAGGAAGCCCGCACCAUCGAGGACUUGCGGAUGUACGACAUGCGAAGCGUGAUGUUUGGGAGAGAGGGUCGACUCUAUACCGUGGGUGUUCCAGGACUGGCUGAAAAACGCCCAAGCGUUGUUGUCGGCGAUAUAAUCCUCGCGCAGAGGAGCAACGGACCCAGCGGUCAAACGCAUAGAGGUUUCGUGCACACUGUACGCAACGAAGACAUCUGCGUGUCUUUCCAUUCCUCCUUCGAUGGAGGCUCCCGCUACAACGUCCGGUUCGAGUACAACCGGGUUCCCAUCCGACGCCAACACCAAGCCCUGUCUGUGCCGUCGCCGUCCAGUCAACGACUGCUUUUCCCUCAGAUGGCAGACCAAGGGGUACCAAACACGGUCUCGGCUCAGCAGCUCGCCGGUCAUGUCAUAACGUUCAACACCCUUGUGGCUUCCAACGCAGCCCAGAUCCAAGCAGUGAAGUCCAUUCUGCACCUCAAGCCCUCUGCGGCUCCUUUUGUGAUCUUUGGACCCCCGGGAACCGGGAAGACGAUCACGGUGGUAGAGGCGAUCCGCCAAGUCCUCCAUCGCGAUCCCAACGCGAAGAUCUUAGCAUGCGCGCCGAGCAACAGUGCCGCAGACCUCCUCGCCCAGCGGCUCUCUGUCGCGCUCAGCCCGGCCGAGAUGUUCCGCUGCAACGCGGUGUACCGCAUGCGAAUCACUCUACCCGAAGCUCUCGUUCCAUACUCGCUCUUCCAAGGGAACCACUUCGCGCUGCCGUCUCUGCAGAAAAUCGAGUCGUACAGGGUGAUCGUCUCCACUUGCGGCAACGCGUCGUUCCCCUUCAACAUCGGCAUGAAGACCGGUCAUUUCUCGCACAUCUUUGUCGACGAAGCAGGGCAGGCGUCCGAGCCCGAAGUCCUGCAGGCUAUCAAGAUAGUCUCGAGCUUGAACACCCGCGUCAUUCUCUCAGGCGAUCCGAAGCAGCUUGGCCCGGUGAUUCGAUCCAGUAUCGCUCGCCACUUCGGGCUUGAAACGAGCUAUCUGGAGAGAAUCAUGGAAGGACCGCUAUACAAGAGCGCCAAGGCCCCCAACCGCGCCUUCGUGAAGUUGGUCAAGAAUUUCCGGUCUCACGAAGCAAUCCUGCACUAUCCGAACCAGCAGUUCUACGACAACGACCUGGAAGCGUGCGCCGAUCGCGCAGUGACCGACGCGUUCCUCGGAUCGCCUCAGCUGGCGAACCCGCGCUUCCCGAUUGUCUUCCAGCACGUCUCGGGGGAGAACGAGCGCGAAGCGAGCUCCCCGUCUUACUUCAACAUCCUUGAAGCGACUGAAACAGUAGAGCGUAUUAAGCUGCUGCUGCGUGGCUCCGCUCAUCGCGUUCAUAUCGCCGUAAUCACCCCAUAUCACGCGCAGGGACGCAAGAUCCGCACGCUUCUCAAGAAGUCGAAGAUCGACGGCGUGACUGUCUGCAGCGUGGAGCAGAUCCAAGGACAGGAGCGCCCGGUCAUCUUCAUUUCCACCGUUCGAAGCAGCAGGGAUCUGCUCUCUUACGACGCCAAGUUCACCCUCGGCUUCGUCGGCAACCCUCGGCGGUUCAACGUGGCAGUCACCCGCGCGAAGGCCCUCCUGGUCGUCGUCGGGGACUCCAGCGUCCUCUCGAUCGACCCCGUAUGGCGCGGUUUCCUCAACUACAUCUACCGGCGCGGCGGGUGGAGCGGCGACGCCCCCGGAUGGGACACGAGCGCGGCCGUCGACGCCAGCUUCGACUAUGCGGCGGAGAUACGGGAAGCGGCGGCGACCGACAUCGACGCGCUCCUGGCGCGGCUGGCGGAGGGCCUCGAUAUAGAGGCGGAAGCCAACAUCGAGAGGCCUUUCGAGGAGGAGGAUUGA